CUGCGGUGCACUGCAUCUCCAAGCAACAACCCUCAACCGCGAUCAGACCCAAAGCCACCGCAUCUCACCCUUUCGCACGCAUUACGAACCCCGCCCUCCAAAUAAUUGAGCCUUCUUUCGGUGUGCGAUUUUACGAUUAAACCCCAGCGGCCAUGGCUUCAGGAUAUGACAGAGCUCUUUCGGUGUUUAGUCCCGAUGGACACGUCUUCCAAGUCGAGUAUGCGGGCGAAGCUGUCAAGAGAGGUACCUGCGCCGUCGGCGUCAAGGGUACGGAUGUGGUAGUGCUGGGCUGUGAGAAGCGGUCAGCCAUGAAGCUCCAGGACACGCGCAUCACCCCCUCCAAGAUCGGUCUCCUCGAUACCCAUGUGUGCCUCGCCUUCGCCGGCCUUAACGCCGACGCCCGCAUCCUGGUCGACAAGGCGCGGUUAGAAGCCCAGUCGCACCGCCUCAACCUCGAGGACCCUGUCACGAUCGAGUAUAUUACCAAAUAUGUCGCAGGCGUGCAGCAACGGUACACCCAGAGCGGUGGUGUCCGACCCUUCGGUAUCAGCACCCUCGUCGUCGGCUUCGACAAGGGCAGCGAGCAACCCCGACUCUACCAGACGGAACCUUCGGGCAUCUACUCUGCAUGGAAAGCCAACGCCAUCGGCCGAUCGAGCAAGACGGUUCGCGAGUUCCUGGAGCGCAACUACAAGGAGGACAUGGACCGAGAGGCAACAGUGAGGCUCGCGAUAAAGUCGCUUCUGGAGGUGGUGCAGACAGGCGCCAAGAACAUCGAGAUCGCCAUCAUGGCGCCCGGCAAGUCGGUCGAGAUGCUGCCGGUCGAGGACAUCGAGAGCUACGUCAAGAACAUUGAGCAGGAGAAGCAGGAGGAGGCGGCCAAGAAGAAGACGGGCAGGACCCCUGGGACAGGCGCCGCCGCCAUCUUGACGCGGGGCACUCAGGGGGAGUCCAGUGAGCAGUAGGGUGGGACAGAACCAGCGCUGGAGGGCCAGAACUUGGGCUUGCACAUGAGAUAGACGGCGAGGCGCUGAGAAAACCGAAACCCUUUUCUGUAAGACCAUGAACGCGUCCACGGCAAAAAUGACAUGCUUUUGGCGCUGCGCCCGUGCCCAGGCU